CUGUAUAAACAGAAGAUUAUUUGUUUCCUUUAUUCGUCGCCUAAGAGAAUAUGCCGAAUUUUAAAGUUUAUAAUAAUAAUCGUCAAAUGACGCAUUAAAAUAAGAAAUAUAAAAAAUAUUUAAAACUUUUUGUCGAGCGAUACAUUUUUUAAUUAAAUAAGAUCGUUUUUAGGCUUAACUUCACGUUGUAUCCAUUGAAUUACGCUCCUGCAAAUAUGAAGGGAUGCUUGGGAACAAGAUCGCUUCUGGUCACGUUUUCACGUUUGUUAGGAAAUCGGAAUUCUUACCAAAGAAAUCCUUUAAUUCUAACAGAUAUUGGCAAAUGUUCAGCUAAAAGUAUAUCAACCAAUCAUUAUGAAAACUCAGUUCGAAAUAUGUCAACGCAACCUCAACAAAAAUCCAAAGAAACAAAGUUAUUACAUCAUAUGAGAUCAAGAAUUUCGGCAACAGGACCAAUGACAGUUGCUGAAUACAUGAAAGAAGUGUUGACAAAUCCAAUGUCUGGUUACUAUAUGCAUAGAGAUGUCAUUGGGAGUUCUACUGAUGCUUCUGUGGCCUCCUUGGAUGUUUCUCAACUAUAUGGUGAAUUGCUUGCAGAAUGGUGCCUUAAAGAAUGGAAAAAAAUUGGUAAACCACGUCCAUUGUAUGUAGUAGAAGUAGGACCUGGAAGAGGAACUCUCUCUGAUGAUAUGUUAAAAGUAUUUUCUCAGUCAAAUGAUGCACGUGAAGUAGUUUCUCUACAUUUAGUUGAAGUCAGUCCACAUCUUAGUCAAUUGCAAGAAUUACAACUUUGUGGUACUGUGAGUGUUGUAAAAGAUGUUUUAGAAGUAGAUGAUUCUAGACGCCAUUUACAUCUUCAUGCUAAUCGUGAUAGUGAUGAACUUAUGUAUAAACAUAAUAUAACUAAACAUGGUGUUCCUGUAUCUUGGUAUCGUCAUUUGGAAGAUGUUCCAAGAGGUUUUUCAUUUUACAUUGCUUAUGAGUUAUUUGAUGCCCUGCCUAUUCAUAAAUUUCAGAAAACACCAGAAGGAUGGAGAGAGGUUCUUAUAGAUAUUAAUGAAGGGCCUGGUGAAAAUCAUCUUCAUUAUGUAUUAUCAAGAGGACCAACUCCAGCUAGCCAGUUCUUUAUUGAUGUAAGUGCAUAA